UCCGUUACCAGCAACAGCAAUGAAACCAGCAAUGCUCCCCAAGAGGUCAUCAACGAGUUCUGGGAGAACUUGAUCACCAAGAAGCCUGGAAAAGUCACCAAGAUCUUUCCCUCGUCAUUGUAUAAAAACCUGCUUCCGCCACCACGCAAACCAGGAAUCGUCAAAGGACAAAACGCGGCUGAAUCCUACGAGACGGCAGCAAAAGAAUGCCGGGAUCGUGUCAAGCGCAUUAUACGGGAAUGCCAACGGACGAAUGAAAAAUUUACGGACCCAGACUUCGACAUCACAGAUCGAGAAAGCAACUGUCUCGAUGGCUUGAAGCAAUGGUUUGAAGAUCCCGAACCCACAUCAUCAACAACGACAGUCAGCCCCGCAAGUCUGGGGUAUGCCCUAAACACGAUAAUCCAGGCAAAGGUACUACCUGAGGAUGUUGCGUCCUUCUCAUUGAAUAACACUGCCAAUGUGCUCUUUAACAUGAGGCCCAGUUAUCAAGGUGAUGGCCCAGGAUCAAAGCACCGCAUCGACUGGAUCUUCGAGGACCCUAAGUUCGAAAUUGAUGGUUUUACCAGCAGCGACGUCGUGCAAGGUGCCAAUGGCGACUGCUGGUUCAUUGCAGCAGUUGCAACGAUCUGCAGUAAUCCAGAGUUGAUCGAGAAAGUUUGUGUCGAGAGAAACGAAGAGUGUGGCGUGUACGGCUUCGUGUUCUACCGAGACGGCGAUUGGAUCUGGACAGUAGUUGACGAUAACUUGUUCCUUUCCAAGAAAGACUUCGAUGCCCGCGGAGAUACUUACGACCCCACCGGCAUCAAGGAGACGAGAUACAAGAAGAGCAAUCAGACCGGCUCGGAAGCACUCUACUUUGCUUCGUGUGCCCACGAGAACGAGACUUGGCUGCCUCUGCUUGAGAAAGCUUACGCAAAGGUGCACGGCGAUUAUAACGCCAUCAGCGGAGGAAUCUCCGGCGAAGCGGUUGAAGACCUUACAGGUGGCGUGACGAGCAAGAUCUUGACAGAUCGCAUCCUUAGCAAGGAGCGCUUGUGGGAAGAGCUCAAAGAGGUCAACAAAGGCUUCCUCUUCUCUGCAUCGUCACCAGGAUCAUACGGCGAUGAUUCUGAUGCUAGACGAGGCCUAGCACUCAGUCAUGCUUACUCAGUCAUCAAGGCUGUUGAAGUAGACAGUGAGGACAAGAAGAAGAAGCAUAGGCUCGUUCUGAUCAGAAACCCUUGGGGUAAGCGAGCCAAUGCAGCGAUGGGUGAGUGGACAGGACCCUGGUCAGAUGGGUCGAGCGAGUGGACUCCUUAUUGGCUGGAGACACUCAAGCAUAAAUUCGGCGAUGACGGUCUCUUUUGGAUGUCGUACGAUGAUCUGCUCAAGCGUUUCGAUUUGCUUGAUCGCACACGACUAUUCGACCACAACUGGACUGUCGUGCAGCAGUGGACUAGCGUGUCAGUAGGAUGGGUCACUGGGUUCUUGAACACCAAAUUCUCCGUAGAGGUCAAGAAGAAGGGACGGACCGUGUUCCAACUCUGUCAGCAGCUUGACGAUCGAUACUUCCGCGGUCUCGAGGGCAAGUACCAGUUCGAUCUGCAUUUCAUACUGCAGGAGAAAGGUGCCGAGGGUGGCGACUACAUCGUUCGCGCCCGUGGCGCUUGGUUUGGCAAUCGCAGCAUCUCAGCAGAGGUUGAUCUUGAGCCUGGUGUCUACGAAGUACUGCCCAAGAUCGAAGCGGAGCGGGAUGCCGAAGCCCCAGACGUACAUGAAGUGGUCACAAAGGUAGCCGAGCGCAACCCACAGAAGCUGAGGCAGAUCGGAAUGAACUACGACCUUGCGAAUGCUAAGGGCCUCGCCGAGCUUACCGAGGAAGAGCAGAAACAAAAAGAACAGAAGAAGAAAGAAGCAGCAGAGAAAAAGAGAAAGGAAAAAGAGGCUGCAGAUAAGGAGAAAGCAGACUUUGAAGCGUGGAAGAAGGAAGGGAAAGAAGAGUAUGAAGCAUGGAAGAAGGAGAAGAAUAAGCUCGAAGAUAACACCGGCGCCAAGAAAGAUGAUCCUCAGACUGUCGAUACCAAGCCUGCCGCAUCGGAGAAAGCUUUGGAUGCCUCCACAAGUGCUGCUGAAGACAAAGAAGGCAAGCCGACUACAAGCGACAACAAAAGCAAUGACACAACGACAGCUGAAGGCGCAACGCUCGGAGCAACGGAAAUAAAGUCAGCAAACACCACUUCGGAAGCUGAGCUUGUCACCAAGACAGCAGGUCUCAAGGUAGACGAUGAAAACUCGCUUAGUGAUGGCGACGAAGCAGAACAUACACCUUUCGAAGGCCCUGAAAUCCACAGCCAUGAGCCACCACAGGAGGCUAGCCCGCGCGCGCGCUCACCUGUGGACAACAAGCCAAAGGCUUGGAAUGCAGUCUGCGUUCUGGGUCUAAGAGUUUACAGCCAGGACCGGGAAGUCAGUAUUAAACUAGUCAAGCCAAAGACCGUCGAAGAAGGCGCGAUCUUGGAUGUCGAUGGAAAUACCGCCGCAGGAGCUACAAUGUGA